AUGACUUCCAUCCCCUUGGUGCUCGUGGUUCUCGCAACCACGCUCUUAUCAAGCACCAUCCAUGCUCAGCACGAUUGUCCGCCGGAACCGGAUUGCACCGAUUCACCGCAACUGUACAGCCGGUUGGAUGGUUCGUGCAAUAACCUCGACCAUCCCUCCCGGGGCACCCCUUACCGACCCUAUCUGCGGCUCGUCGCGGCCAACUACGCCGACGGUGUGUCCGAGCCGGCCCACACCGAGUCCGGUGUUCCGAUGCCGAACGCCCGCAAGCUCUCGCUACAGCUGUUCGGCGAAACGGAAAUGGAGCACCCGCGGAACACGCUCGUCAGCAUGCAGUUCGGGCAGCUGAUAGCGCACGAUAUGAGCUUCACCGCAGACGCGGGUGGGAUUCAGUGUUGCGCCGGUGGAAAGAUGGUGCCGAGAGAGCAAGCGUCCUCCCGCUGCCUUCCGAUCGAGGUUGCGUCCGACGAUCCGGUGCUGUCCGAGGACGGCGUGGAGUGUAUGAACCUGGUGCGCACGAAAACCACCUUGGAGGACCCUUGCUUGGGACAGGAAGGAGAUGGAGGAGCGGCAGCCGAGCAGCUCUCGUCGGUUACGGCGUUUCUGGAUCUGUCGGUCGUUUAUGGAAAUUCGGUCAACCAAUCGAACGGUCUGCGGUCGUUCGCGGGCGGCAGGUUGAAGGUGGAGGAGCGGGACGGCAAGCACUGGCCACCGCAUCAUCCGAAUGGAACGAGAACUUGUGACGUCGAGAGCGAAUCGGAGGUGUGUUAUCUGACGGGUGACGCUCGGUCUAAUCAGAGCCCACACUUGACCCUUCUUCACCUGGCAUUCCUACUCGAGCACAAUCGGUUGGCGGAAGAGCUGUCGACUGUCAAUCCCGAGUGGGACGACGAACGAUUGUUUCAGGAAGCCCGACAGAUCAACAUUGCCCAGUACCAGUCGAUCGUGUACUACGAGUGGCUUCCGAUCUACCUCGGUAGAGACAACAUGGUUGCUUUCGGGGUGCUACCGGAGACGGCCACAGCGGGGCACGUUCGGGACUUUGACCCAGAUGUUGAUCCGUCGGUAAGCAACGCCUUCGCUACAGCCGCGUUCCGGUUCUUUCACAAUCUGAUCGCGGGACAUCUGGACUUAGUAGAGGAGUCAACACAGCCAACGGGAUCAAUUCGCCUUUCCGAUUGGCUCGAUAAGCCCGCGGUUCUUGAGAUGGACGGAAAGUACGAAGGGCUGAGUCGGGGUAUGACCACUCAGGCGCACGAUCGACCGAACAUUCACCUGUCUCCCGAAGUCAAGCAUUUUCUGUUCCGCCGCGGCAAACCCGUUGGGGUAGACUUGAAAGCCAUCGACAUUCAGCGCGCGAGGGAUCACGGACUGGCGAGCUACAAUGACUACCGCGAGCACUGCGGACUUCAGCGGGUCAAUAAAUGGGAGGAAUUCGAAGAGCUGUUGAGGCCCGUUUCGGCACCACUCCUACAGACUCAGUAUCCCCUCGUGGACGAUGUUGAGCUGGCAGUGGCCGGUGCUCUCGAGCGUCACCACGGAGAUGGAAUGGCGGGUGAAACGUUUAACUGCCUUCUGCUCGACCAGUUCCGGCGUACGCGUGUCGGUGAUCGGUUCUUUUUCGAGAAUGGUAACACGUUUAACACGCGCCAGCUGUACGAGAUCCGGAAAGCGUCCAUGGCUCGGGUACUGUGUGACAACACGGUCGGAAUGACAGAGAUCCAGCAGGACGCGUUCUUCCUCGUCAGCGAGUCGAACCCGGUGGUCUCUUGCACACAAUUCCCGUCACAAAAUUUGGCGCGCUGGCGAUCUUAGGAAGUGAAUACUAAACAAAGUUCAAUGGCCCA